UACAUUGAUCAGUGCUUGCUCAAAGCUGGAACCGGUAACAACUUAUGUACGAACGCGAAUAUUUCAGUUUAUUGUUACGUGAAGAGCAACCGACUAUUUUAUUUAAAUUGUUUUGCGUAUAUUUAUAGUGUGCGGUGAUUGGCAUUUGUUAAGAAAUCUUAGAAAUUAAAUUGAGCAAUUAACAGGAAAUAUGUUCAAAGCAGUGAAAAUGAAAUCAAGAUUACUGAUGGGAUUAAAGACGGCCCACGCUGAUCUCUCAGUUGCGAAGUUCAUAUUAUUUUAUGGCCCCACUUAUGCAGAUAGUGCCAUUUAUGCGCUGGAUGAUUACAAAUCGCUGCUGGAAGAUAAAUUUUUUUCUAAAACUAAAAAUACAGUAAUUUAUAUACACGGAUAUUUGGAAGACGCAGAUAUAGAGAGUGUACAUGUAAUCGUAGAUGCAUAUCUCCAACGAAAAGAUUUAAAUCUCAUUAUUCUGGAUUGGGGUGAAUUAGCCAAUGGGAACUACAUCUUUGAUGCUGUGAUCAAUUGUAAACAGUUGGGGACUGUUUUUGCCAAAUACUUAACAGCUAUGUUUGAGGAAGGCUUGGACAUCAACAAAAUCCAUAUAGUCGGUCAUUCACUUGGUGGGCAAAUGGCUGGCAUAAUUGGUAGAGAAGUCUACAGAAGAAACGACAAAACGAAAAAAAUUCCAAGGUUAUCAGCUUUAGAUCCUGCAUUCCCUUUAUUUUAUGGAACAUUUUCAAGUCAUUUGAGUAGUGAUGAUGCGGAAUUUGUUGAUGUAAUACACACAGACGCUUGGCUAUAUGGCGCACCAGUGAGUACAGGUACAGCAGAUUUUUGGCCUAACGGUGGCACAACAUUGCAGCCCGGUUGUCCGAAAAGAAACUACAGGCUUUUAAGUGAUAAUGAUUUAUCGAGCCAUCGACGAUCGUGGUGGUUUUGGGCUGAAAGUGUCAAAUCAGCAUUUCCUCAAAAAUUUUAUGCUGUUAAAGCGAAAAAUUGGGCAGACUUUAAAAAUGGCAAAUUAAUAGACAACGGAGAACAACAACAGGUAGUCAUGGGCCAUGGCUGCCCUACAAACAUAACUGGUGACUUCUAUCUGCAAACUAAUGGUGUACCACCUUAUGCAAGAGAUAUUGCUGGUAUUAGCUAUGUGCACCCCACAAACCUCAUCGGGAAUAACAUUGAAGAUGGCGCUAUUCCCACCGAAACGUAAUGCAGAGAUCUCCUCUUAUUUUCAUAUAAAGCUCAGAGUACAUAAACUUUUGUAAAUAAUUUUUUUUAUUAAAUUAUUUGAAGCAUAUCCAGAGAAAUUAGGACAAUAUUAUUCUAAAAUAUUUGCAUAUAUUGUAUAAUAUAAAUGUAUAUACAUAUGUAUAUUUUAAAAGGCAUAAAGUAAAUAUAGUUUUAUAGCAAAAUUCAUUAUAUAAUAUUAAAUCGGUCCAAAAUAGGAAGGCCAAAAUGACUAACUGCUGAUGAAAUGAACAGUUGUGGCGAAUGUAAAGUAAAAACUUCUGGAAACUGUUGUUAAAUCAAGCGCAAAUUAUUUAAGAGACAUCAAGAGUGGGUGAAAAUAUAUCUCCAGAGGUACCGCGGUCCAACUAUUUUAUAUUUGCAGAAUUUAAUUACAGUGUUCAAUACCAAAUUUCAAGACAUUUGUAUAUACGUAUCUACAUACGAGGGGCGACUGAUAAUUCGCAUUCUAAAGUACUUAAUAAACAAAUGUUUUUUAUUUUCAAAAUAAAAUCUCCCUGAAGUGAAAUACACUUUUUCACAUUGUGAAUACCAUUGCCUUUAUAGAUUAGAUUUAGAUUUCUCUUCAAAAUGUCGAUUCGACUUACUGUCGUGCCGUCUGAAAAUCUUCGUUCCCGUCCAGGUCCUGACUGUAAGGUGGAUAGUCAAUUUCUAUGAAUGCAGUAGCUCUUAAGGCAUCCCUCGCAACCCGAGCGGUGUGAAAGCGUUCGUUGUCUGGUCAAAACAGUAUUCCGUGCAUUAACUUGCCACGCUUCUAUCUGUACGACUGCCUCACGGCCCUGACUCAACAAAUUAGCGUAAUAUUGGCCGUUCAUUGUAGUUCUUUUUGACAAGUAAUUAAUUAAUAAUAUUCCCUCUUUAUCCCAGAAAAUGGUAGUCACAAUCUUCUACACCAACUUUUCUACUGUGCAUAUUUUUGGUGGCCUUUCCCAUUUUUUAUAUACUGCGUCGAUUGCUUUGAACUCGAAAUCGUAUUGACGAAUUCAAGUUUCAUGAACUGUUACAAUCCAAUCGUCACUGCUUGUCGAGCGGCGUGAACUUUCGCGGUACUCAAUGCGCACUAAUUUUUUUUCAUAUUCGAAUGUUCAUGCAAAAUCUUUCUAAUUUAUUUGUUGCUAAUCUGUAC